AUCGGCUUCAAUUUUAGGUGUUCUCGAAUGGUCUGCUCAACUGAAACCGAUCGCAUAAAUGUGUUGAAAAAAUUCAGUCCAAUUGUUUUGAAAUGUCGGAUAAAAACGUGUUACAUGGGACGAAUGAAAAUAAAUGGAUAUUUUUAUCGUACAAGUGUCCAAAACUUAAGGACAGACGGCGUCUGUACACGAGCAGAGGGAACUGUAGACGAAUGCAGACAAAUAUGGUAAGAACUGUAUUACUCGACAUCUAACACGGGUAAUACACAACUUGCAGGAUUUUACAAAUCAAAGCGACAAAAGGAGUCUUUAGUGAAAAAAGAUAGAUACGACAGUCGAACAUUGUGGAGAACGAAUGGAAAGUUCUCGCCAAUACCCAGGCAGAGACCUUCAGUGAGGAAUAUGUCUAUGUCGAACUGCGAUGCAGCACUCAAUAGUUUUGGUGACGAGUCUGCCAUCGCCGCUAGCAAUUGUGUUCGUCCUUAAGUUUUGACAAGUGUUUGAUGAAUCGAGAAGUAAGAGAAAUGAAUCCUCGUUAUCGACAUCUAAUGACAGUCAGUGGUGAGACAUUCGCUGCCUAUUCGUCCGCUCGUCAGAUAACGGAAAGUUCUCCGCCAUGUUGCGCAGUGGGAGAACACAUGUUAACUUCUACCAAUCGAGAUUUUCUCGCUCGUAGUCUCAGCAUUAACAGCAUCGUCGACGUGGAUAUCAACGAUAUAAGCGGAAACGAAGAGAUGUUGGCAACUACUUACUCACUCCGAAGAUGCAAAAAAGCCGUACUUCAACCGUACACGUGGCUGUUGCUGUUGAUUGGUUGGAGAGCAUACGGAAAAGAAAGAGUAGUGAGAUAUCCUCUAAUUUGGCAGGUUAUUAAUAUACUGUACCCCAUUUUUGUCAUAGUCAUUUUCUUGUAUACAAAUAUCAUGCAAGCAAUUACUUGCCACGGAAAGUUAGAUCCUAAAACGGAUACAGUUCCGGCGACCACAGUCCCCGCGACGACAAGACCACCUUACAUGCCGUUUUUCUAUAUCAAUGGACAAGCGAAAGCGACGUCAGCAGAAGAAUGUAGCCACAUCAUCAUCAUAUAUAUUGUUCCCAGUAUUCUUCAUUUUAUAGCUUUCUUGUAUGGAUUUCAUUACUUCAGGAUACAAGAAAACGAACAGUUGUAUUCUUUAAUGGAAAGGGUAUUCGUUCAAGCCCAAACCGCUGCCGGUAUGCAAGAUGUAUUAAUCAGAAAUUCCAGAUUGUUCUUACUAGCAGCCGUAAUUUGGUUAAUUGCCAACAUUGGAUUAGAAAUUCUCUAUUCGUUUGCAUUCGAAUCACUAUCGUCGUCAUUUAUUCAACAUCUAAAUAUUGAAAACGAAUCGGUUCGAUACAUCCUGAUCAUUUUGAGAUUUUUGGGACUAAUCCUCACACAAGGAGUUAACGUUGCAGUUAUUAUAAAUUAUUGCACUCAAUGCGAAAUGCUGGUUAUGCAUAUUCGUGGAAUUUGCCUUCAUCUUCACGAAAAGACCCUUGAUAUAAAGAAUGCUAUGCAUGAAAUUCUAGGUGUAAAGGAGUUUAUAAGCCUGUUAAACGGUACACUUGGAAAGAUGACUGCUUUGUGCAUUAUCGGUUUCACCGAAUUAAUUUUUAUAGGAUUUGGAUUACUACUGUGCAAUCAAGUACAUAAAGCCACCGUAUGGUCUUAUAGAGUAACUUUUGUCAUCGUAUGGGUUGUCGCUUCGUUAUUUCCUAUUAUACAGGCAGCAAGAGUGUCCAAAGCGGGAAGAAAGUUAACUCAGAUUUCUUUAGAAAUGAGAGUAUUCGGUUAUCAGGCAUCAUCGCAAAUGGAAUUGGAUUCGUUUAUUUUAUUUAAUAAUACUGCUAAAUUAAGGGCAAAAUUAUUUGGAGUUGCCAUCUUACCUGGUUCUGUAGUCAUUACCAUAAUUUUAAUUUUUUUUGUUAUAUUAUUAUUAAUCAUCACAGAUAUGGUGCCCAUUUCGACAAUCUGGAGAUUUCUGUAAUCCGAACACAUCUCAGGAAAUAUUUGAAUUAGUGGUAGUCUGUAAAAAAGUAAAUAAAACUUUUUAUAAAAAAAAA